AUGGUUGAGCUGCCCACCUCUCAACCAGUGAAGCCCCUCGUGGUUGAACGGCCUACCUCUCCACCAGUGAAGCCCGUCAUGGUUGAACGGCCUACCUCUCCACCAGUGAAGCCCGUCAUGGUUGAACGGCCUACCUCUCCACCAGUUAAGCUCAACGUGGUCGAGCAUCCCAUCUCUCCACCAGUGAAGCCCAACAUUGUUGAGUUGCUCAUCAUUCCUCCAGUGAAGCUCACCGUGUUGGAGCUGCCGAUCUCAUCACCAGUGAAGCCUGUUGUGGUUGAGCUGCCCAWCUCUCCACCAGUGAAGCCCAUCGAGGUUGAGCUUCCCAUCUCUCCACCAGUGAAGCCCAUUGUGGUUGAGCWGCCUAUCSCUCCAGUGGAAGCUGAGUCGCUUCAGAGAUUUGAGUUUGCUCCACCACCGCGGAAAAAUAAGCCACUGAAGGGUCUGACACAGCGAGAUAGAAAAAGAGAGAAASACAUGGAAACUUCAGUUCCACAGGCCAGAACUACUCAGYCUCCUCCCGCCCUAUCGGAUUAUUUCCAUAUUACUACACCAAAGAGAUGCCAAUGGGCCCAGGAUUUCUUCUCUCCACCUCCAGUGGAGCCUAUUGUAGCUGAGCUGCCCAACUCUCCACCAGAGGAGCCCAUCGUGGUUGAGCUGCCCGUCUCUCCACCAGUGGAGCCCAUCGUGGUUGAGCUGCCCGUCUCUCCACCAGUGAAGCCCAUCGUGGUUGGGCUAGCCAUCUCUCCACCAGUCAAGCCCAUCGUGGUUGAGCUGCCCAUCUCUCCACCAGUGAAACCUAUAAUGGUUGAGCUGCACAUCUCUCCACCAGUGAAUCCCAUAAUGGUUGAGCUGCCCAUUUCUCCACCAGUGAAGCCAAUCGUGGUUGAGCCACCGAUCUUUCCACCAGUGAAGCCCAUUGUGGUUGAGCCACCAAUCUCUCCACCAGUGAAGCCCAACAUUUUUGAACUGCGCAUCAUUCCACCAGUGAAGCCCAUCGAGGUUGAGCUGCCCAUCUCUCCACCAGUGAAGCCCAUCAUGGUUGAGCUGCCCAUCUCUCCACCAGUGGAGCCCAUUUUGGUUGAGCUGCCCAUCUCUCCACCAGUGGAGCCCAUUUUGGUUGAGCUGCCCAUCUCUCCACCAGUGAAGCCCAUCGAGAUUGAGCUUCCCAUCUCUCCACCAGUGAAGCCCAUUGUGGUUGAGCUGCCUAUCGCUCCAGUGGAAGCUGAGUCGCUUCAGAGAUUUGAGUUUGCUCCACCACCGUGGAAAAAUAAGCCACUGAAGGGUCUGACACAGCGAGAUAGAAAAAGACAGAAACACAUGGAAACUUCAGUUCCACAGGCCAGAACUACUCAGCCUCCUCCCGCCCUAUCGGAUUAUUUCCCUACUACUACACCAAAGAGAUGCCAAUGGGCCCAGGAUUUCUUCCCUCCACCUCCAGUGGAGCCUAUUGUAGCUGAGCUGCCCAACUCUCCAGCAGUGAAGCGCAUCAUGGUUGAUCUGCCCAUCUCUCCACCAGUGGAGCCCAUCGUGGUUGAGCUGCCCGUCUCUCCGCCAGUGAAGCCCAUCGUGGAUGGGCUAGCCUUCUCUCCACCAGUCAAGCCCAUCGUGGUUGAGCUGCCCGUCUCUCCACCAGCGAAGCCCAUUGUGGUUGAUCUGCCCAUCUCACCACCAGUGAAGCACAUCACGGUUGAGCUGCCCAUCUUUCCACCUGUGAACCACCAGGAUCAACCUGAUCAAUGGGCCAACUGGGGAAUAGAGGCUGGUUCUUCUCAGAUUGUCGAUGCUCCUGCCUAUCUCCCCCUUCCUACUUCCUCUGAUGUCCCUCAGCAGAGUCCACAGGAACAGCCUGGAGUCCUCACAGAAUCCCCUGAGCUUCUUGCAAACGUUGGGACUCUUAAGGAGAUGAYUGAGAUUGCAUGGCAGAAGUGUCAGGAGUACCAAUCUAAGUUCUUCAUGUGGURUUGUGUUACCCUGUUGUGCACACAGAGUAGGGCACAGCCCAUCUUUCCUUCAGUGAAGCCCAUCGUCGUCGAGCGUCCCAUCUCUCCACCAGUGGAGCCCAUCGUGGUUGAUCCACCGAUCUCUCCACCAGUGAAGCCCAUUGUGGUUGAGCUGCCCAUCUCUCCACCAUUGAAACCCAACAUGGUUGAGCUGCCCAUUUCUCCACCAGUGAAGCUCACCGUAUUGGAGCUGCCGAUCUCCCCACCAGUGAAGCCCAUCGUGGUUGAGCUGCUUAUCGCUCCAGUGGAAGCUGAGUCGCUUCAGAGAUUUGAGUUUGCUCCACCACCGCGGAAAAAUAAGCCACUGAAGGGUCUGACACAGCGACAUAGAAAAAGAGAGAAAGACAUGGAAACUUCAGUUCCACAGGCCAGAACAACUCAGCCUCGUCCCGCCCUAUCGGAUUUCUUCCCUCCACCUCCAGUGGAACCCAUCGUGGUUGAACUGCCCAUUUCUCCACCAGUGAAGCACGCCAUGUUUGAGCUGCCUAUCGCUCCAGUGGAAGCUGAGUCGCUUCAGAGAUUUGAGAUGAUGGUGGAUGGAACUCUGCUGGGGAUCACAUGUCCCUUCUACAUGGGAAGGGAGUCCCAGGACUGGACCUUUAAAGCCCUUUAA